AUGAAAUUAAACUAAAAAUUAUUAGAUAGACUAGAGGAGUCAUUAGCACAAAGUUUUGUUCAAAAAUAUUAAGAAGAGAAAAGUAGGAAAGUUGCUCCAGAAGAAUUCAUCAGUGAUGACUAUAAGGGAAAUUUUAGAGUAAGACAGGUUGGCGAUAGGCAAGAAAACAUGAAGAAAAGUAAACUCGAUGCAAUGUCCACUGCUACAUCCAAUUUCUAUAAAGAGACGGGAACACCGAAUUCAUCUAAGCCUCCUUCUUCUAUUAAUUCUUCUAAAUUAUUAGAUUAAAGUAAGGUUUCCCAACUAAAGCAAUCCAUUAUAACAAACAGAAUUACAUCUGCCUAACCUACAAGACCUUUAAUGAUUAAAAAACUCUAAAAGAAUACAGAACAAUUAUCAAUAGAAACCAAAGAAUAAAAACCCCCUAUUUUCGCAUUAAAAAGGUUGUCAUCUACAAAAUAGCAACAAUAGGAUGAAGAAAAGUCUAUCCUACAAAAUCAAGAAUAAAGUCUCAAUAACUCUUUAGUAACGAAGCCUUCAAUAAUUAGAAGAUCCUCAUUACAUGGAAAAAAAAUUGAAAUCAAAAAAGAUGAAGAAGUCGAAACAAAGAAAUUAUCUCUAAUUAAAAAUUAAGAAUCUCCAGUAUCUGAACCUGUAUUUCAAUUCUAAAUUGCCAAAAGAAAAAUCGAUGACACAAUAUACGAUACUAUGGACAUAGAUACUUUAUAAGAAAUUACGAAAAAGAAUGAAAAUUAGUUUGAAUAAAUCACAUCCAUUUAAUUUAGAUUCAAUACUAUGAAUGAUUCAUUAUAUAUGUUAGGAGAAUACUUAUCAAAUUUACAAGAACUUAAAUUGAAUCACUCCUAGGUUGAAUCGUUGAGAUUGUUAGGAACUAAAUUGAGAAACUUACAAAUUCUAUGGAUUAGCAAUUCAAAAUUAACUGAUAUCUCUGGAAUUAUGAGUAUGCCAAAUUUAUUAGAAUUUUAUUGUUCUUUUAAUAAUAUCAAAGAUAUAAGUCCGUUAGCAUUUCAUGAAAAGAUAUCCAUUUUGGACAUUGAAGGUAAUGAAUUGGCUGACGAAUCCCAAAUUGAUUAUUUAGAAUCCUUAAAUUUACAAUAAUUGAUAAUUAGUUCAAAUCCAAUAAUCAGAGAUGAUUAAUUAAGGGAUAAACUAUAUGAAAAACUACCAGCUACUGAAAUCUACAUUGACGAAAAUGAUAUACCAACAGAAUCCUAGAUAUUUUCAGAGACAAGUCAAAUUAAAUAACUUUACGAUAUAGCAGAAAUGAUGGACUCUAAAUUUGACCUCAUUAAAGUAGAGGAGUUGAAGGAUUUAGAAGAAAAGGUUAAAUAUUAACUAGACAAGGAUCUCCUCGAAGAACCUGAUGAAAAUAGAUUAUUAAGUUUGUCUAUCAAAUAAAAGCCUUUGGAAAAGUCAAAAUUAAAGCGACCAUAAACUGCCUAGGUUUAACAAUCAUUUACUCCUGAUCCCAUCUCAGAAUUAGUUGGAUUAGAUGAAGCCUUUGCAGGAAAUCCCUUAAGAGCAGCCAAAAAACACAAAUAAAACAGAGAAUAAAUUUUUGAUCCGACUGAUAGGAAAAGUAUUGACAUAUAAACUUUAUUAAAUAAGUUCAAAUGA